CGUCACAGAAGGGAAACAUGGCCGACGUGGGUACCGCGAAAUAGAGAAUCUAUGACCGAUGAGCCAAGUUUUCCUCAAAAUUCGGUCUAAAACGUCGAAAUGUCGGAUUUACUCGAAGCUCAAACCCUCCAGGAACGACUGGAGCGUCUACAGGAGCUGACAGAGUUUACAGAGAGCUGCAGGAAACAACUAAACCACAUAUUUGAAACGCUGGGAUGGUCGCUGGACGAUAAGGACCCAAACCAGGUAAAACAAACAGUAACGGUCAUCCUUAAAGAGGCGUUUUCAGUCAGCUUUCGGUCCGAAUAUGAAGAUAGUCUGGGAUUUUUCUGAUGAAAUCCUUACUUAAAAAGUAAUAAUAUGAUUUAAUGUUUUAACCGGACGGUUACCGGGUCAUCGAUAUGAUUAUCUUUAAUCGAUGAUGUUGUAACUGUUGGUGUCACAUCGAAAAUGGUUAAGGAUUCAGUUCAGAUCUCUGCUUCAGGGACCGGGAGACCAGAGUGUUUGUCUGAGUUACUUAAACAGGUUUGUAAAAUUGAACUUGUUUAUAAGUCAUGAUGUUUUUAGUGUCCUAUGGUAUGUUAUUUAUCAGGUCUGGACUCAGUGAGUGAUUCGUUCACUGAACAUGAACCGUUCCCUCUCUAACCGCUGCAAUGAUAGGGUGAUGCGGGUUUAAUGCACUACUUUAUUACAUGCUGUGUCCUGUUGAAUGCAAGUUGUUUUAGUGGCAAUUUAGCAGUUAAAAAAAAAAAAAAACAUGGUAGUUUUGUCUGCCGAAGUGAUUCCAGAGAGUGUAGUUAAAUGCGUGAUUCGUUCACCACAGGUGUCGGUGCAUGAGGUCCCUUGUUUGCCGGCUGCUCGACCAGCAAAGCGGUUUCUCACUUCAGCUUAAUUGAAGUGAGGAACGAACGAAUCACUCAAGGACGUAAUUCGGUUCAGUACGUUCACCUACAAGAUUCGGUUCUUUUGAACGAAUCAUUCGCGAACAACACAGCCCUACUUUUGACUGUUUGUAAACCAAUAAAAUCUGUUUUCAUGUCGAUCCCACACAGCGUCCUGACUCUUAUAGAGGUGGUGUUGUACACUGAAAUCUUCUGGACUUUAUAUGUUUUUGUAAGAAUUCGAAGUCUUGAUCUCAAACAGCAUUCUUUCUUCAGAGCUGAUGUUCCUCUGAUGUUUGUGGUGUUUUUCUAGGAGGAACUGGAACAGUGUCCUUAUGAUCCCAACCACAGAGUCCCAGCCAGGAGCAUGGAGAAACACAGAGCCUCCUGCAGCCUCCGUAAGAUGGGCUACACAGCUGAGGAGCAGGUAACGUGCUGCUUAUAGGUCAUGUAGGAACUAAAACAGAUGGCUCGCUCAUGGGCUCCUGGUCUAAGCGCCUCAUGUGUAGAGGCUCCACUAAAAUAGAUGUUUCAGAGUGAUCAAAUCCACAGUUUUUCUGUACAAUCUUUGAGAAGAAGGACCAUUAAAGGUUUCAUCGUUCCUUUUCAGGAGGAGAUAAUCGACAGCUCUGUGUGUUAUGAGAACACCAGUGUAAGAACCUUUACAAUGGGUGAGUCACUCAUGAUAACUGCUAUUGUUCAUCCACAGCUUAAAGGUGGGGUGGUCAGGAUCUGAGUCAGGUCUACCUCCUUUUUAAGCGCCCGUUAUUCCACCAGAGUCUCCAGUAUUUACUUUGUUAAAGUCAUUUUCUUUUACGCAGACAAAUCCACCCAGCACCAGGUGAUCCUGCAGGCCAGAUCUGCUGCUCCGCUCAUGAAGAUGGAGGGGGUCUUCUGGCAAGGUGUGAGCUUAAAGUACAACAGUUGUCUUUCUUCUGACAUGCUCACGAUGACACACAAGUUUUCAUUUCAAACAAAGAGACAGAGUACCGGAGUAGGAUGGACUUUUCCAUACCGGGCCAACUGUACUACAGAAUAACAGAAUAACAGCCGACUUACAGUCAGACUGCUAUCAAACACCGUACUCAGUGGUCAGCGGCAGUAGGCCAAUUCGAAAACAGCCACAGUGUUAUUAUAUUCAGCAGUCUCACAGUGUGUAUACAGAGCAGACCACUAGAUGGCACUACAGGGCUGACUACACAAUCAGCAUCCACACUAACCAGUCUCAGCUGUUUUAUCCUCGAUCCCAGCAGAAAAAAAACUCUUUUCUAAUGUUCAUAAAUGUUCUUGAUUUUGGAUUUUGACCCUUUAAUGUUGUUUUUCUGCUGACGUCUGUAACAAGUGUGUUUGUUCUGUUCGCAGCCACAGGGGUGAGUAUUAGAGAGGAGCUGCUGCUCUGGUUCAGGCUUUCCUGACCUCGUGUAGUAUCCUUUAACAUCAUAUCCUUUCAGACUACUAUCCUGGGCUCACACACACACCAACACACACACCAACACACUCUCUUCCCUGUACGUGCGGGGGAAAAGCCUUAUACAUACAGACGUUAGAGUGUAUUGGCAUUACAUUAUAGGAGUUGAUGAGAAAUGACACAGCUGUAUCAGGAUGUGUGGUUUUGGUGUCUGGACAAACAGUGUGUAAAGCCUCCCUGCUCCUCCGUCAGGUCAGUACUCCGGACAUCCCGUCGACGUGCCUCAGAGCCACAAGCGUGCGGUGUGUGACCUCACCGUGGCCGACCGAUUGGCUCUUUAUGAUCAUGUGGUUAGCGUCUUCAGCCAACAGAAGGAAGCUGCCUCCUCCAGCAACGAGGACCUCUACGUAGAUUUGGUGUCCAAACUCAACAAGGGUAAGGUUCGAUGGUGAAGAACUCCCAAACAUCCAACAUCGUGAACUCAUCGUCAAAUAUGUUUGUGUGCAGAUGACGAACAAAACGAACCAAAGACUCACCUGGAGCUCAUGGCUGAGAUGAGGGACUAUAAGAGACGGCGUCAGUCUUACCGAGCCAAAAAUGUUCACAUCACCAAGAAGUCUUACACUGAGGUACGAACCCGCGCCCGGGGCCUUGUUUGUCAACCGUGUGUACGAACACUCCCACAUUCCCAUCAACCUGUACUUGUUCUUAGGAACGUGCGUAAAUUCAAGCCCAACUCAGAGCAUGCUUACACACAAACCCUAGUGGUCGAACAGUGAAACUACAACUACAACCCAUUAAAGGAGUCACAGCGUUCAGCAAUCUCAGACUUCACACAUGUUCUCUGUUCACUCUGUACAAAACUGAUCAAUCAGUUAUUGAUCAGACAUUUUGAAUGAUUGGUGUGACAAACUAUAAAAUCAGCUGAGAGAGGACAACCUCAGAGGAAGUCUUACAAACACAAACACAAGUAUCCUGGUUUAUUGUUCUGUGGGAGGACUUGGAGAAGCGUCUCCUCCUCCUCCUCAGGGAGCGCGGCGUUUUCAAAGAGCGUGCUGAUCUGUUCAGUGAGAACUCAGAGUGGAUCCUCAGCAGGAACCGCUUCCCCCAAAACAUCUGAAUGGAUUUAUGAUUCGUGAUUUACAGCCGUGUCGGAGCGAGAGACAAAACGCACCAACGCCAACAUCCCAGUGACCAUCCAGCUCCUGUCCACGCUAACCCGACAUUUCAGCCUGAGAUCGGAGACAUAGACAACAUUUUACAGACAACGCUGACAGAAUCAUGUCGGCAGAGAUGAUCAAUAAUUUCUCUGACCUUGACUUACAUCCAGUUCACAAACACACGUCAGCAACACGCCGAAACAAAACAAUCAGAGCCGUAGAUUUGACCACAUCGUCAUAAAAGCACCUUCACACGAUAAAUUCAGUUUAAUCAACAGGAAAGGAUUUCAAUCAAUCAAUGAUCAAUAAUCUGAGAUGAUCAUAUGGAUCAUAUGGAUAUGGAUAAAUGUUGUUGGAGGAACGCACGACUGUGAGUGUGCACCUCCAUGAUUUCAGCGAGGGGGAAAAAAAUCUACUCAGGUGUUUUUAAAGGGAUUGUUGAUACCAUAUAUGGUCAGUUGGAGGCGUGUCUGAAUGUUAAUGACCCUAACCAUGAACGAGCAGAAAUACAGAUUUAUUUUGUUCUUACACAGAUUUUAAAUUUCAUUCCUACGACAGAAUUUAGAACCUUUUCUACACACGGUUGAUUAAUGAGGGUCCUGGAGAAGACUCUGCUGAGUCUUUACCCACAAUGCUUUGUUAAAUCUGAGCUUUUAUGGAGUUACUCAUAUAUAAAAGUGUGAUUAAGUAAAUUUGAACUGAACAAAAACAGUAACUUGGUGUCACUGUGAUCCACCUGCAGGUGAUCAGAGAGGUGAUCAGCGUCCACUCGGCUGAGCUGGCCAGACAGUGGAGAGAGGAAGAGGAGGAGGAGUCAGUAAGAUCUGAACUGUCCUACCACAGGUAAAACAAAUCCCCCUCUGAUGAUCAACAUGUUAUUGAUGAGAGUUUUCAGCUGAUGUUUUGUGUCAUUCAGGCGACGGAUGGAUGAACGACGAUCUGCUUCGUCAGAGUCUCGUCACUCCCACAGCAGACGCCAUCGCAGCCGAGAACGAAGCCGAGAGAGAGAGAGCAAGAAGAAGAAGAAAAGAGGAAGGUGAGACAGGAAAACCAGAACAGUUUGAUUAUAUCACUUCAUCACUUCAUGCUAAAUUCAGGCGACGGAGAGCGAGCUGCGCUGCCAAGAAAGACAACGUCAGCAUCGCUCAUGUUCAAAUGUUGACGACACAGACAUAAGAGAACACAGAGAUAUCGUUAUAUUACCAAUAUCAUCAAUAACUAAUAACUAUUGACUGAUAUUAAAAGAUUUUCUGUAUAUAUAUAUAUAUAUACCAUAAAAAAGAUGUUUCUUUAACAGAAUCCUCUUUACCCCAACUCUGAUGAGACUCACAGAUCAUCUGUAGAGAAGAAAACUUUUACCAACUCUUCAGUAUAAAAAUAUGACAUGUUCCUUUUUAGCACCUAUUCAUCAAUACUGCUUUUCAUAAUUCGAUACAAAAGUUUAUUUUUGAUGGAAUCACCCGUUUGCAGAAGUACUGACACACUCCCUGUCUGCUCUUUGGGUCUUUGCAGGGAUUCCCGCUCCCCUGACGACCACCGCGACCGAAAGAAGAAGAAAAAGAAGAAGAAGGAGGAGAGGGAGAGAGAGAAGGAGAAGUAAAGAUGCUGGUUCAUGACUCCAGAAACGAUCAGAUGAGGCUAAUGUGGUCUGCACAGGUCAAAGGUUACCAGGUGUCAGAAAAGAGGCGGAUUCUUGAAAUGGUUAAAUGGGAAUAAAGUUUUUUUUUAUACCAACAGCA